CCAUCUUUCCCCGCCGUACCUCACUAUUGUCUCCUCUACACCAAGGGAAUCUCUCUUUUCAUCAAAUUCAUCAAUACGAAUCUUCCAAGAUGGGUGCAAACCAGUCCAAGUCCCCACUUCCUAACGAGAAGCUUGUUAUCGAACGUUUACGAGCUCUCGAGGUCAAGGACCAGUCCGAUAGCGAAUAUGUCCAAGUCGACGAGAAAGCAUUAGCAGCAAGCUCUACCCAUUUCAAAGCUCCAUGGACAUCUCUGUCUACAUCCGAGUUGGAACAUUGGGAGCAUGAGCUUCUGCAAGAUCCCAAGAACAGGUCAACUCUCAGUGCUCUCAGCGCCGCAGACCCCAAAACUGUUCUGACAUCCCGCUCGACCGCUAUAAAAGACCAGCAGAUCUUCAACGUGAAAAUCCCUUUUGAAGGUGCCCCUAUUACGAACCAACGAUCCUCAGGACGAUGCUGGCUCUUCGCAUCCACAAACGUCUUUCGUGUAGCUCUCAUGAAACGUCACAGCCUCGACAAAUUCGAGCUUUCACAAGCAUACCUCUUUUUCUACGAUAAAUUAGAGAAAGCCAACUACUUCCUCGAGCAGAUUUUAGACACAGUGGGCGAGGAUCUCGACAGUCGAUUGGUCCAGACACUUCUGGGGAGUCCAGUUAGUGACGGUGGACAAUGGGACAUGGUGUAUAACUUGGUAAACAAAUAUGGGCUGGUACCACAAGUUCUCUAUCCGGAUUCGUUCAACGCCCAGUCCUCGGGCGCUAUCAAUAGCUUGAUUACAACGAAACUGCGGGAGGACGCUUUGCAACUUCGAGCUAUGGCUACAUCUGGAGUCAAGUCUUCAAAGGAAAUUAAUACUGUCAAGGAGAAGAUGAUGAAAGAGAUCCACCUCAUUCUGACUCUGACUCUUGGACCUCCACCCGCACCAACUGGAGAGUUUACCUGGAACUACCUCGAUAAGAAUGGUGCUGCUCACGAGAUGAAGACUACCCCGCUUUCAUUUGCCAAAGAAUUGGACACUGCAAAGGCAGUACGUAUCACAGGCUCUAAUGUUCAUGAUAUGUUCUCUCUGGUCAAUGAUCCCAGAAACGAAUACAACACCCUUCUUACUGUCAAUCGUCUCGGCAACAUCGUUGGUGGUCGUGGCAUUACCUAUGUUAACGUCUCGAUGGAUGUUCUCAAGGGAGCAUGCAUUAAGAUGCUUCAAGCUGGUCUACCAAUUUUUUUCGGCUCUGAUGUUGGAAAAUACUCGAAUUCUACCUCUGGUAUCAUGGACACCUCACUUAUUGACUAUGAGCUUGGUUUCAAUGUCCGUCUUGGCAUGUCUAAAGCUCAGCGUUUGAUGGUUGGUGAAAGUGCUAUGACACAUGCAAUGGUCUUGACUGCUGUUCAUGUCGAGAAUGGCAAGAGCGUCAGAUGGCGUGUGCAAAACUCUUGGGGCGAGGCAGCAGGAAGUGAUGGGUGGUUUGUGAUGAGCGACAAAUGGAUGGAUGAGUUCGUGUACCAAGCUGUAGUUGAACCUAAGUUUGUCAGCAAGGAGAUUAGAGAUGUUUUGGAUAUGAAGCCGAAGGUGCUUCCUCUUUGGGAUCCUAUGGGAGCUCUUGCUUAAAGUAGCUGCGGAGCUGGAGUUUUCUUACUCUGGGAUUAGUCUAGGAUUGACAUGGAGGACUGAUUAUGAUGAUUUACGACUGCUAGAUCAUGGCGUUGGGAGCGGUAUCUUUGGAUUCGGUGGAAUAGG